AUGAGGGGGAGAAUGCAAGAUGUUGAGUAUGAAAAUGUCCCGCCUCCGUGUGCCUCAUGUAACAGGGUGGGUCACCAAGCGGGAAACUGCCCGUAUGUGCCUCCUCAAAUGCCGAAUUUGGCAGAUUUACCAGUGGGGGGUGGAGGAACAGUGGGGAACCAGACGCCGGUCGCCGAAAGUGGUAGAGAGAGACAGGGAAACAAACCUAGUGGGGAAUUCGACGCUCUGUAUGGACUAAACGAAGAAGACGAUGGAGCCUCGACAAAUAUCAGUGGAGUUGAUGGCUAUGUAACGGACAGACGGGAAGAGAAGGAGAUUAUGUCCGCUCCAACACCAUCAAUUCUGGGGGCAAGGAAAUCGAGUUCACAUGACACUCCGUCCAAGAACAAAAACAAAGGGAAGAUGGAACCCACAAACUCUAAAAGCAAGACUGUUAACCAAAGUAAACCUAAAAUGGCCCACCUAAGCCAGCCCACUGUAAAUAUCACACCAGACCACAUAGCCCAACACAUAGAAAAUUCCCACCAGACUAAACAGACCACCUCUGUCCCAACUAGCCAACCAAUGGAUCUAUCUGGACCCACCAGCCACUCAGAAAUCACUACAAAAAGCUCCAUGUCCACUUCCAGCCCAAUAAGCCCACAUUUGCCACCCAUGACCCAAUUAGGAAGAAAUGUGUCACAAGCCCCAUCGUCUCUAGACCCCUCAAAACAUCGGGCAGUAACAAUUGCCCCUGAUACUUACUUACCUACAAGCAGGGUGAAGGAGAAAGCUUGUAUGAUAAUGGAAGAAGAUAAUUACAGGGAUAAAUCAAAUGGAGAAGAUAUUCCCCCAGAUCCCCAAGUGGUCGAAACCAAAAUGAUGUCGGAGCAGGAGGGGGUAGAAAGCAGUGGACGAUUCGAAGAAUGUGGAUUGAUGGAGGAGGACAACGUAGCCAAUACGGCGGUCUUUGAUUGUUUCUAA